AUGCUCAUCGGCUUAUGCGGAGGCAUCUGCGCUGGCAAGCAUGCGAUUGCCGAGUAUCUGAUCCAGCACCAAGGGUUCCAGCUCCUCGAGCUAGACAGCAAAUACCACCAGCGCAUCACCGACGAGCCCGAGGAUGACCUGCGAUUACAAGCCUCGCGAAUCAGGAAGAACCGAGACGCGUCUGACCUGGUGUUCGACACCCCCGAUGCCUUAUUAGAUUUCGCAUUGAAAAGAUGGCAAGAGAAAUGGGUGACUACAGACAUCGCAGAUGGUUCGACCCUUGACCGCUUUCUACUGCGGCCGUUUUUCUUGCUGGUGAGCGUGGACGCCCCCGUCAGCCUUCGUUGGAAACGAUUCUCGGACCGGUGCUGGCGAAGACAACUAGAUCCACCUGAUCUGGAGAAAUUCGUGCUAUGGAACGACCGUCACCUAUAUGAAAAGGACAUUGGGCGGGUCUAUCUCACCGACAGAGCCCAAGUGCGCCUAUUCAACUCCUCUUCAUCACUGGAGGAACUUCACCAGUCUCUGCAGGUGCUGGAUCUGGCCGAUGAGCAGCGUCUACGACCGAAUUGGGAUCAAUACUUCAUGCAACUCGCCUCUCUUGCUGCUCAGAGAAGUAACUGUAUGAAACGACGAGUGGGCUGUGUACUCGUCCGAGAACGACGAGUCAUUAGCACGGGCUACAACGGUACCCCUCGACACUUGGCUAAUUGCAACGAAGGCGGAUGCCCCCGAUGCAACCGUGGCGACGGUGGUGGAGUUGGCCUCUCCACCUGUCUCUGUCUCCAUGCCGAAGAAAACGCUUUGCUGGAGGCUGGCAGAGAACGCAUUCGGGAGGGCGCUAUUCUUUAUUGUGACACAUGCCCGUGCUUGACUUGCACGGUAAAGAUUGCCCAGGUUGGCAUCUCCGAAGUUGUAUACUCCCAGGGCUACAAUAUGGACACGGAAAGUGCGGCCAUUCUUGAGGCUGCAGGUGUACGCCUGCGACAAUUUAGCCCUCCGUCAAAUGGUCUGAUUUAUCUGCAGGGCUCUGAUUGA